GCCUCGAAGAGCUGCGUCCAGUCUCCGCCGCAAAGUCUGUCCUGUCGGUCCUGUCGACCCUGGCCGACUGGUGUCUGGCAGCCCGCAGCCUGGUCUUUGGUCCGAUCUCCGUGCAGAAGUCACUUCGCCAAUCCGCAGAAUACCACCCCAGUCAGCCUCCUCCGCCUCCCAAGCUUGGGGCGACAGCUCUGCAGAUGCCUUUGUCCGAGGCGCGCCUGCCUCUGCACGGAGGGGGGCAGCCGGAUGCCCUCGCCCAGGCGAUGCUCCUGCAAAGCCGUGCUCUGACCAGCCUGGUUUCUCUCCCACGAUCCAAUGGCUACUUUGACCGAGCAGGGGGCUACAGCAGGGCUGUCGAGCUUCAGGCAGAUUUGGCUCAGCAGGACGGCGCUUUCUUUCGGGCCGUGGUGUCCUCGGCUGCACGGCGCAUGGACCCCUCGGCUCUGAACCUUCAGCCCGGCAAGGCGGUCGACAAAGGGCUGAGCCUUUGCCGCUACCUCGAGCGCUACGAGGCCUACCAGAGCCACCGAGAAUACGGCCUGCUUCAGUGGACGCUUGCGAGGGCCCUGGACCAAGCCUCCGCAGGCUCCCCCCAACGAGCUCUCGACACAGUCGCCUUGGCCAUGGUCAUGAUCGAGCAAUGGACCCUGGAUCAGGGAAAGACGGAGCUCGGAUGGUGGGUGGCCAUCGCCCUUGCAGAAGUAAAGGAGUUGGACGUGCUGUCGACAAAGAGGCUGGAGGUAGGCGGUGUGAAUCCCUCCAGGAGCCGCGUCAGCAAAGAUCACCUUUUGGUCAUGGGCCAUGGGCAGCUAGCCUCCCUCGCCUUGUGUUGGCCAGAGCUGAAAGUGCUCCUCCUACCGCCCUUUUCCCCCUGCCGGCGCCUUGCCCUGGAUGCUUUGGCCCGGGAGCAGCCUAACCAGGCGCAGCUGGACAUGAUCUUCCUCUGUGUGCCGGUCGGCGUGGUGUGCAUUUGGUUUCUCACCUCGCCUCGCUCCGCGAUUUUCUUGGUCGCGCGGGCUUCGUUCCUUCUGCUUACCCUGGUGCAGCGCGCUUCGAAGGGCACGCCGCACCUUGUGUCGACGGGGCACUGGGACAUUCAGCCUUUCCUUAGCCCUGAGUUGUGGAUGCCUUUUGUCGAGACGAAGGAGCUUAUGCUGCUGUGGGACUCGAGGGGUCUUCUUCGCCUGCAGCCUGGGCCCUUUGCUCCCCGAGAGCUGUGCCGAGUUUUUGCCGCCUUUAAGAGCCCAGAGAACGACCGCAUGAUUGGAGAUCGCCAGAUGCUGGUCGAGCUUUCUGCAAAAAGAGGCUGUCAGGUGUUGGUAGGCCCUCCUUUCUCCCUGAGGGACCUAGCGAGCACCCGAGCCUACGCCUCGCUGCUUGCCGACCUCGCCUCCCGCAGAGCAGCUUCACGGGAGGGCGAUCACCUCGGAGUGGAAUUCGCGACACAGGCCGUAGUGAUUGACGAUUUCUUUUCGAUUUCUACUGCCAGCCUUGCUGAAGUUCCUCCCGACACUGCGCCUUCCGACGCUCUCCUGCAGACCGACUCUGCUAGAAAGGUCCUGCAAGCCAAGGCCGCCUACCGCAAGCACGAGCUUAAGGGCUCUGACCACAAGGACGUUGUGGGCGCCCUGACUUUUAAGGUUGCCGGCGCCUCUGUGGACUCAAGUCUUGCUACUGUGGCAGACGGACACAUUCUUGUAUCCGCUCCGAUUGAGAAGCGCCUCUCCCUUGUUUUUGUCUCUCUGCAAGCGGCCAGGAAGGCCGCGGGCGAUCUCGCCCUCCUUGCGGCUCUCAUCCCUGUGAUGUGUUCUGACGUGACCACGCCUUUUGAAGAGUCCGUUUUCUGCUCCGACUCUUCGCUUUCUAAGGGCGCCUUCUGCGAGGCCCCUGUUGGCGAGCGCAUUUCCUCCGCACUUUGGCGUUCUGCCGACAAGAGAGGGCACUCGGAGCCCCUCGCUCCUGCACACGCUGCCGCCGAAGCUAGUGCUCAAGUGCUUGCCGAUCCUUCUCCUCGCCCUGCCUGGAUAGAGGAGCCUACUAAAGCCAGCCUUAGCAAGCCCCUCGCUAUGCACUACGACUUUCUCGAGGUCUUUGGAGGAAGCCGCCCGGUCAGCGCGGCUCUGCGCGAGCGAGGCCGGAGCAACAGCCUUGUACUUGACCUUUCGGUCUCCCGCCAGUUCGACCUCGCCUCGCCCCGAGCCCUCGAGUGGAUUCUUUACCUUGUGCAGCACGGGAGGGUGCGAUCUGUUUUCUUGUCGCCUCCCUGCACUACCUUCUCGGUUGCUUCUUGGCCUUCGGUACGCUCCCACUCUGUGCCCUGGGGAUUUGACCUCAGAGAUCCCAAGACCUUUCGCGGGAACAAGACCGCCUGCGUCGCCAUGCUCAUUCUCAGGUCAUGCUACUGCUACCGGGUUCCUGCGUUGCUUGAGCAGCCGCUCCUCAGCAAGAUGCUUUGGUUGCCCCCCUUCAAGGCCUUUUUGGACCUGCCUGGGCCCCUCGCCAAGGCCAGUGCCGUCUACACCCCGAAGCUCGCUGUUGCUCUGGCUGAAGUGUUCCUGCAGGCCCUCUCCUCUGCGCCUUCUUCUGACACACCCCGCGAGGGCCUUGAGAACGUCGGGGUCAACGACAUUCUCCUGCACAGCCCGUGGGUAGUCAGUAGGAGCUGGUCCUGGAAGAAGCAAAAGCACAUCAAUCGGCUCGAGACCGAUGCUGCUGUCAACGUGCUUAGGACCCUCGCUCUUCGAGGUGGGGAUCGUCGCUUUGCUUUGCUUGUUGACUCCACUGCUGCAAAAGGAGCGUUGGUGAAAGGGAGGUCUGCUGCUAGAUUGCUUCGGCAUUCGCUGCGCCGAGCUGCCGCGCUUCAGAUCGCUGCUGCCCUCUACCCUGCCUUCCACUUCGCCCCUACGAGGCUCAACGCUUCAGACGCUCCGACCCGAGACACGGAACUCGCAGAGCCCUCUCCUUUGAGUGUCCUGCAAGACCUUGACACCGCCGCAACCGUGCCUGCUGCAGCCGCCGAGGAGGGCACACCCCUCUGGCCUACGACCAGACCCUCGGCUUCCCAGGAGAAGGGCCUUUUGCGAACUGCCUUGUGCUGCUUGCCUGCCUGCUGUGUUUGUGUCCGCGUGUCUCUGGCAUGCCACUCCUUCACCCGCGCAACGCAGCCGAUGCUGCCCGUCUAG